CUAUUUUUCCUUCAGCAAAUGAUGAAAGUUUUUGUGUAUCUUCAGCAACAAAAAAAUUCAGUUAAGUACUGUUCAAUUGUAGCCUAAAAUGGAUAAGACGAACGGAUACAUUCCCGAAAGCAGUGGCGUAAAGAUGGAGCCGAAAGAAACGAACAUUUAUCGGCGAAAAUUAUCAUCUUAUAUCAUCGCUUUGAGACCAUGGUCGUUCUCAGCAAGCAUGACACCUGUCGCGUUAGGAUGUGCUUUGUGUUAUAAGAUGACGAGCCAUUUCGAUGUAUUCGUCGUAGUUUUGACUUUUUUAACCAUACUAGCAGUCCAUGCUGCAGGAAACUUGGUUAACACUUAUUAUGAUUACAUUAAAGGAAUUGACAGUAAAAUAUCCGAUGAUAGGACAUUAGUUGAUCAAGUUUUAACAUCCCAUGAAGUGGUCCGCCUAGGUGCAUUGUCCUAUGUUGUUGGAUGCAUUGGUUUAUGUGGAUUGGUUUUCAUGUCUUCAGGUUCAUUGGUGCAACUUUCGUUGCUUUUCUUUGGCGGCCUUUCUGCUUCAUUUCUGUACACCGGUGGAUUUGCCUUGAAAUAUUAUGCCCUUGGUGAUCUGGUGGUAGUUAUUACAUUCGGACCUUUGGCAGUGCUGUUUGCAUACGUGGCCCAAUGUGGUAGUUUCUCAUGGAUGCCACUGUUAUAUGCUAUACCACUUGUGCUAAACACAGAAUCUAUCUUACACAGCAACAACACAAGAGAUAUAAAACAAGACCAAUUGAAAGGAAUUGUAACUCUAGCUAUUAUACUUGGUCAACAUGGAUCAUAUAUUUUAUUCAUGUUUCUGUUGUUUACACCAUAUGUGGUAUUUGCUGUACUAGCUGUGAAUUCUAGUUUUGCUUUUUUCUUGCCGUUAAUCACAUUAAGAGUCGCCUUUGACUUGGACAGACAAUUCAGAGAGCGAAACUUUGAAACAUUGCCUCAGAGAACUGCCAAGUUGAACUUGUAUUUAGGGUUAAUGUAUGUACUAAGCAUUUUACUAGCAGUUCAUUAAAGUAUUUAUUGUAUUAUUGAUGCAUAACCCUUAUUAUGUCAGGUGAUAGUAUUUUAUUAUUAUAUAUGUGCUAUGAUUCAAGCCCUGUUUACAUGACACCCA